AUGAGCACAAGCAGCCUUUCUUGGGACCAGGCUCUUCUCCAGCCUCCGGUGUGUGAUGCCUGGAAGGACACUAUGGAGGGGGCAGCCUAUCAUCUGGCCAGCUGCAUUGUCCUCCUGGGUUACAUGGGGGGAAGUGGCAUCUUUGGGUCCCUCUAUAUUUUUGGCCUCCUGGCCCCAGGCUACUUCUGCUAUGCCCUAUGGGGCUGGCUGAGUGCCUGUGGACUGGAUAUCUUCAUCUGGAACAUGCUGCUCGUCCUCGCCUGCUUGCUUCAGCUGGCUCACCUGGCUUACCGGCUCCGCAGAAACACCAUCCCUGAAGAGUUUAACCUCCUCUACAAGACCAUGUACCUGCCCCUGCAGGUGCCCCUGGAUGUCUACAAAGAAAUUGUGAAGUGCUGUGAAGAGCAGGUCCAGUCGCUUGUCAGAGACCAGAAUUACGCGGUGGAGGGCAAGACGCCCAUCGACCGCCUCUCGUUGCUGCUGUCUGGCAGGGUCCGAGUGAGCCAGGAUGGACAAUUCCUUCACUAUGUCUUUCCAUACCAGUUCCUGGACUCUCCAGAAUGGGAAUCACUGCGACCCUCUGAGGAAGGAACUUUCCAGGUCACACUGACGGCUGAGACCGACUGCAGCUUCAUCACCUGGCCGAGGAAGAAGCUGUAUCUCCUCCUGCGGAAGGACCGAUACAUAGCCCGGCUCUUCUCCUCCCACCUGGGCUACGACAUCUCGGAGAAGCUCUACUCCCUCAAUGAGAAGCUCUUUGCCAAGUUCGGCCUCCACUUCGACAUCCGCUUGCCCAGCCUGUACCACGUCCUCGGGCCAGCCUCCUCCGAGGGGGAGUCAGAGGACUGCGAGGAGUCACCGCCUGCCUCUGGCCAGGCUGAUGGCUCUGACACCCAUCCGCAGCCACAGCCACCACCGGCUCCUCGGCCCCGAGCAUCCCGGCCCGACAGUGACCUGCUGGGUGAGGAUUCCACCAGUCUUGUCUUGGAAGAUUUUGCUGAGUUGCCGGGGUCUUAUAUGGACUAUGUGAGCGAAGCAUCUGGAAACCUUCUCCGGAGUUCUCCCCACCCUCUCUGCAAAGGACGAGCCCCUCUGGCUCCCACUCAGACGCCCGAACUCUAGGGAACAACAAGCUGUUUUGAUCCCGAAGCCCCUCCAAAGGAGCGUAUGCUCACACAGGUUUCUGACCAGAGACACUCUUUAGCAAGCACAGAGACGUCUGCCUGCAGACGUGUACACUCAGGAGCACGUGAAUUACACACAUGAGACUGCAGUGUGACACUCCAGCACUUCCCACCCCAUGGAUGUUCACCAGAGCUGCCUGCCCCAGUUUGCUUCCACAGUUUGUUUUCUAGUCCUGCAUCUCUGAGGUGUGUUGGCAGCUCUGAUACCAAGGUACACUGGUAUUGCUGCAAGCAGUACCAGCCUGC